UUAUUUUUUCUUUUCUUUUAGUUUAAGUAGAUUCAUAUAGAGGCAUUUCCAUUAGAGCAUCUUAUUUUUACUUGGGAUUCUCAAUAGUUGACAGAAACUGAAAGACUGUGAAGAUGGUGCAGAUUAAGAGAAUCUGCUGUAUUGGUGCUGGCUACGUUGGAGGUCCGACCUGCAGUGUCAUUGCUCAAAUGUGCCCUGAAAUCACAGUAACAGUCGUGGAUGUAAACGAGGAUCGGAUUAAAGCCUGGAACUCGGAUAGCCUUCCCAUCUUUGAGCCUGGUCUUCAGGAAGUGGUGGAGUCCUGCCGCGGCGUUAACCUCUUCUUCUCCACUGACGUUGACGAUGCUAUCAAAGAAGCAGACCUAGUGUUUAUUUCAGUAAACACACCAACCAAGACUUUUGGGAUUGGUAAAGGUCGUGCUGCAGACCUCAAGUACAUUGAGGCGUGUGCCCGUAGGAUAGCAGACGUAUCCAAUGGGUUUAAGAUCGUAGUGGAGAAGAGCACAGUGCCCGUCAGAGCGGCUGAGAGCAUCCGGAGGAUAUUCAAUGCCAACACCAGAUCCAGCCUCAACUUCCAGGUUCUCUCCAAUCCAGAGUUUUUGGCUGAAGGAACAGCCAUUUCUGACCUGAAGAACCCAGACAGAGUGCUUAUUGGUGGAGAUGAGACCCCAGAGGGUCAAAGGGCGAUUGAGGCUCUCCGCACCAUCUAUGAACACUGGGUACCCAAGACUAAAGUCAUCACCACCAACACCUGGUCAUCCGAGCUCUCCAAGCUGGCUGCCAAUGCUUUCCUGGCCCAGCGCAUCAGCAGUAUCAACUCCAUUAGUGCCCUCUGUGAAGUGACGGGCGCCGAUGUGGAGGAGGUGGCACAUGCCAUCGGCACAGACAAGAGGAUUGGGAGCAACUUUCUCAAGGCCAGUGUUGGUUUUGGUGGUAGCUGUUUCCAGAAGGAUGUUCUCAACCUGGUUUACCUCUGCGAAGCUCUCAACCUCCCUGAAGUAGCCAGGUACUGGCAGCAGGUGAUCGAGAUCAACGAUUAUCAGCGUCGACGCUUCUCCUCUCGCAUCAUCGGGUGCCUCUUCAACACUGUGACUGACAAGAAGAUUGCUCUGCUCGGGUUUGCCUUCAAAAAGAACACCGGUGACACAAGAGAGUCCUCCAGUAUAUACAUCAGCAAGUACCUGAUGGACGAAGGGGCUCGCCUGCAUGUUUAUGAUCCGAAAGUAAAGAAAGAGCAGAUUAUUCAGGAUCUGUCUCAUCCCACCAUCUCUGAAGAUGACCCAGACAGAGUGUCCCGCCUGGUUACCAUUUCCACAGAUCCCUAUGAGGCAUGUGAAAAUGCUCAUGCCAUUGUAAUUUGCACAGAGUGGGACAUGUUCAAGGAGCUGGACUAUGAAAGGAUCUGCAAGGCCAUGUUGAAGCCAGCAUUCAUCUUUGAUGGUAGGAGAAUCCUGGACAGCCUUUACGAUAAGCUGCAGAAUAUGGGCUUCCAGGUGGAGACGAUUGGCAAGCGAAUUAGUCAGAAGAUUCCGUUCACUGUCAACAAUGACAUCGCAAAAGUAGAUCUCCAAGCCCCUCCUACUAAGAAAAGCAAAUCUUAAACUACUAUAGUUUUUAACUUUUUAAAAAAAAAAAUUGUGUGUGUAGGGCGGUGAGGUUUAAAUACAGUAUUGCAGGUUUUUUUUUUUUUUUUUACUUUAUGUACUCAUGACAUUUAAAAAUGCUUCUUUUGGGCACACUUUGCUGGAGAUAAGAUUUUAGAAAAGGUGCAAUUUUGUGAGACAGAACUGGACAGUCUGAUUUGGAGAAACCGCUCCACUUUCCCGCUGUGGAACGUGUUCCGCUUGUUCGGUGGAACAGCCCGGUCUGCUUGAUAAGCGGUUCCACAUGGUGAAACAUGGUGGCGCCCUGCAAGUACAGCUGUAUUCUAGUAUUAGAUAAAUGACAAACUGUACUUGCAAUACUGGCAAAACACAAUAAAUGUAGCCUCAAUUUUUUACAAUGCUCUGUACUAUCUAGUGAGAAGUUUGAUAUAUUUGACCCAUAAUAAUAAUAUAGCUUUAUUACAUAUGCAAACUGUAGUAUAUGGAAGAGCCCCAAGGCCAUUCAAGAAAAAUUGAAAAUGACUUGAAACUGAGGAUUUUGAUUCUGAAACGAGAGGUUUUCUUUUUAAAACUCAAAGAAAGUGAUUUUGCAAAAAGGCUAAAACCUGUUCCUGUUCCACAUCGAACAAGCUGAACGUAUCCAGGUGUGCGGGUACACAUCAUAAACACAAGCAUUCAGUAUUGAUAGCAGUGAAGCGGCUCUGCCCAUUUUUAAUGUGUGUGUAUUUCUAGCAAAGGUUGAUAUUUCAAAGGCUGCAAGCGCCUUGCAGACUUUUUCAGGAUUCCAAAAAGAGGUUAAGGUUACACAGGUUACAGGUGUGCUUUAUAUUGAAGUACAGCUUCAAAUAUUUACCAAACAAAAUUUUAUAGAAGCCUAGUAGUGGCAGACUUCUUUUGUGUGUUGUGUUGUAUACAAAACAAAACAGCAAGCAGAAAUACCGGUACUGAGAUGGCUUAACAUUUAAAAAAAAAAAUUCAAAGGUAACACUUGGUACGUGUUCUUUCUUUUAAUAACGGUGUAAUUGCAGUCAAAACUGAUUUGAAGCUUUUAAUGGGAGAAUUGGUGCAUUUUGCAAGAUCAUAAUAUGAAACAAGGAAUGAAGUUAAAAAGUUAAAAAAAAAAAAAAAAAAAAAGCAAUAACCACUGUUCUCCUCCUUGCCUAUGUUGAUAGUCACAGUUAUGUAAAAACAAUCAUGGCUUCAGAAGAUAGUGUUUAUGUGAGGCAGAACUUGGGAAGCAUUACUAAAACAUAAACCCUGCAUUAACAUAUCAUUUUGUUUAAAGAUGCAUUCAAGAUUUUAUUUAAUUGUAUAGUUACUGUUUGUUUCUACUUCUAUAUUAAACAAAUAAGCAAAGCUAAUUGUUCUGCAUCCAAUAGGAUUGGUGACCUAUUUUUAGUACCGGAAUAUAGACUAGAAUUAUUAUGUAUGUAUGUAUGUAUGUAACUGGGUGUGUUUUACAUUCCUACAGAUGGACCAGAGUUCUGAAGUAAGAUUCCUUUUUAAUAAGGGUUUCAUAAUGCAUUUAAAUGAGUUGAUCAAACUUUUUUAUGAUUAUGAUUUUUGUGUCAGAUACAGGUCAAUUUGAUUAGGGUCAAAGAAAAGCAAUUGUCAACUGCAGAGUUACAGAUUUGACAUGACAUGUACAUGUACUGUGUAUUAUUAUUAU